CGGGUCCCGGUGUCCGCGAGGCGCGGGCCGCCCCAUGGCCCCCGGUCAGGCGCGCGGCCUGAGUUACUUCGGAAGGGGUACCGCCAAGUCAGGAGCAGCCAUUUCCCGGUUGCAACGUCUCGGUUUACCUCUUUGCCAAUUUUCGGCUGGAGGCUGCCCAACUGCAGCGAGGGAUGGGGCGGGGGCCGGCUCCGUCCCAGCCCCUGAGUUCUGUGCGGAAAGCCGCUCGAGAGCCGCCUGAGGGCCAGCGGUGGGCCGCAGGGACGCGGUUACGAGCGGAGGAGCCCCCGCCCAGGAGACCGAGGGACACACAGGUACUGCUGGCCACGACAGAGACAAUGGAGCUGAGGAGGCGCGACUACCACGUGGAGCGGCCAGUGUUGAACCAGGAACAGCUGGAGGAGCUGGGGCGCUGGGGCGCAGCAACUGGGACCCGCCAGUGGCGAACCUGGUUGCAGUGUUCCCAUGCUCGGGCCCGAGCCCUUCUGCUCCAGCACCUCCCGAUUUUGGUCUGGCUACCCCGGUAUCCUGUGCGUGAGUGGCUCCUGGGUGACCUGUUGUCUGGCCUGAGUGUGGCAAUUAUGCAGCUACCGCAGGGCCUGGCCUACGCCCUCCUGGCUGGACUGCCCCCCGUGUUUGGCCUCUACAGCUCCUUCUACCCUGUCUUUAUCUACUUCCUGUUUGGCACUUCCCGACACAUCUCCGUGGGCACCUUUGCUGUCAUGUCCGUGAUGGUAGGCAGUGUGACAGAAUCCCUGGCACCAGACAAGGACUUCCUGCAGGCCUCGAACUCCACAGUCGAUGAGGCUGCCAGAGACGCUGCCCGGGUACAGCUGGCCUCCACACUCAGUGUCCUGGUCGGCCUCUUCCAGGUGGGGCUGGGCCUGGUCCACUUCGGCUUCGUGGUCACCUAUCUGUCAGAGCCUCUGGUCCGUGGCUACACCACAGCCGCGUCUGUGCAGGUCUUCGUCUCGCAACUCAAGUAUGUGUUUGGCCUUCAUUUGAGCAGCACCUCUGGGCCAUUGUCCCUCAUCUAUACAGUGGUAGAGGUCUGCUGGAAGCUGCCCCAGAGCGUGAUUGGCACUGUGGUCACCGCAGUUGUGGCAGGGGUGGCCCUUGUGCUGGUGAAGCUGUUGAAUGACAAGCUGCAGCGACACCUGCCCCUGCCGCUUCCCGGGGAACUGUUCACGCUCAUUGGGGCCACAGGCAUCUCGUAUGGUGUCGGCCUGAAGCACCGAUUCGGGGUGGAUGUUGUGGGCCACAUCCCUACAGGGCUGGUACCCCCAGUGGCCCCCAGCCCCCAGCUGUUCGCAAAGCUUGUGGGAAAUGCCUUCACCAUUGCUGUGGUUGGCUUUGCCAUUGCCAUCUCGCUGGGGAAGAUCUUCGCCUUGAGGCAUGGCUACCGAGUGGACAGCAAUCAGGAGCUGGUGGCCCUCGGUCUCAGUAACCUCAUUGGGGGCAUCUUCCAGUGCUUCCCUGUGAGCUGCUCCAUGUCUCGGAGCCUGGUACAGGAGAACACUGGGGGCAACACACAGGUGGCUGGAGCCGUCUCCUCCCUCUUCAUCCUCAUUAUCAUCGUCAAACUUGGGGAACUCUUCCAAGACCUGCCCAAGGCAGUCCUGGCAGCCACCAUUAUUGUGAACCUGAAGGGCAUGCUGAAGCAGUUCACCGACAUAUGCUCCCUCUGGAAGGCAAAUCGUGUGGAUCUGCUCAUCUGGCUGGUGACCUUUGUGGCCACCGUCCUGCUGAACCUGGACCUGGGCCUGGCAGUGGCAGUGGUCUUCUCCCUGCUGCUCCUGGUGGUCCGCAUGCAGCUGCCCCACUAUUCUGUCCUGGGGCAGGUGCCAGACACAGAUAUUUACAGAGACGUGGCAGAGUUCUCAGAGGCCAGAGAGGUCCCAGGCGUGAAGGUCUUCCGCUCCUCAGCCACCAUGUGCUUUGCCAAUGCCGAGCUCUACAGUGACGCGCUAAAGCAGAGGUGCGGUGUGGAUGUUGACCACCUCAUCUCACAGAAGAAGAAGCUGCUCAGGAAACAGGAGCUGAAGCUGAAGCGAAUGCAGAAGGAGAAGCUCCAGAAACAGACUGCUGCCUCCAAGUGCACUUCCGCUUCCAAUGUCAACACCAGUGACGGAGACAUUGAGAGCAACAAUGUGGAGGGCUCCAAGGCCAAGCAGGCGAGCGCAGAGAGUAAGCUAGAGGAUACAGCAGCCCAUGGCCAAGAAGAUGGCAAGGCCCCAGAUCUGCUCACACUGAAGGCCCUGGGCCUGCCUCAGCCAGGCUUCCACAGCCUCGUCUUGGAUCUGGGCGCCCUCUCCUUUGUGGAUACUGUGUGCCUCAAGAGCCUGAAGAAUAUUUUCCGUGACUUCCAGGAGAUCGAGGUGGAGGUGUACAUGGCCGCCUGCCACACUCCUGUGGUCGCCCAGCUCGAGGCUGGGCAGUUCUUCGAUGCAUCCAUCACUAAGCAGCGUCUCUUUGCCUCUGUCCACGAUGCUGUCAUCUUUGCCCUCCAACACGCCAGGUCCAACCAAGUCAGCCCUGUGUUGGUUACCAAACUCUGACCAUGCUGCCUCACUGCCUGAGACUGCCCACCUCUGGAGGGUGUGAUGGGGCACUCGUGAGAACCCACUCUGCGCCGCCUCCCGAUGUCACCCAGGAGUCCCCUCAGUAUACACACACAGACACAACUCAGGGAUGGAGGUCCUGAGACUCCAAGCGCAGUGCUCUAGGCCUGGGAAGGGACCCCGGCCAGGUCAGGGGAGUCUGAGUGUUUUCACCCUCAGGAAUAAAGACUCAUUUGCCAAUACCAGGCUCUGCUGUGGCUUGGUGGGGGCCGGGCUGUCUAUAGCCCUGGCUCCUGACCCUUCUUAUGCCCCAAGUGGCAACUGGAA